UACAAUUUCGUCCAAGAUACUGUAAAUGAACUGGGGAAAAUAAACAUGUAUACUAAAUGGUGAUAUUUGAAAGCAUUCCACAGGGAACUUAAAAUAUGACUAACAAAGAACAACAAGAUGAAGAACUUGAAGUCUUGCAGUCAAUUUAUGAUGGUGAUGAAAAUUUCAAAAAGACUGGAGACUCAACAUUCCAGUACAAGUAUGGUGAACACAAUAGCUAUAAAUCACUCGUUGUGGAGAUAACAUGGGGAGAAAGUUACCCAGAAUCCCCACCAACAAUAAACAUGGAUACAUUCUACAACAAACAUGUUGUACCUAGUGUAAAGGAAAAAAUAUUACAAGGACUUUUAGAACAGGUUGAAGAUUUGUUGGAAACAGCAAUGACAUAUACAUUAUUUGAAUGGGUGAAGGAGAAUUAUGAUGAUUUAAUGGCAGAUCAGCCAGAUGCACCUAUUGUUAAUACAAAGAGUGAAACAGAUCUUAGUCAGACAGACAUGAAUGAUGAAAACCUAAAAAAGAAAGAAAGGAAAGAACAGCUUACUAAACACCAAAAAAGACGUUUAUAUGAAAAAAUGGGAAAUGCAACAGGUGAAAAGCCAAGGGGCUGGAACUGGGUGGACAUUGUUAAACAUUUAUCACAGACUGGGUCACAGGAUAGUUGAUGUUUAUAUGAUAUUUAAGAUUAUAAAUCAGUAACAAGUUGACUUUGUCAUCACAAUGAUAUAUUGUGAGGGUGGGGUGGAUAUUGUUUGUUCUGUUAGUUUGUCCUCCUUUGGACAGCUAUAAGCUUGGCUAUAAAAAUUUUGUUCUGUAACCUGUACAGAUUGAAUAAUACUCUGGCAAAUUAGACUGGAAAUUUCCUUCCUGAAAUUACUUUUCACAUUUUCUUGGUUUCUUUAUUUUUUUAAAAACAGAGACAAUAUUGUUAUAUAUAUAAACCAAUCCAUAUAAGAUCAGAUAAAAACUGCUUUAUGACUAUAUUUCCUUUUAUUUGUUUUACAUCUUCCAGUAAUUUAAAAUGCAGUUUUUGAUGCCAACAAUAUUUUAAAAGGAUACCAUUUACAUUAGGCUUCUUAUUACUUCAGAUAUUAUUUUAGUAAUAUUUUUGGUGCAGAAAAUAAAUUAUUAUAAAGAUAUAAUUAAAUGAUAAAAAAAUGAUGCUUUUACUAAAUGAUACAAUGAAUUUAUGCGCAGUUGUGUAAGUUAAUGGCAAGAUGUAAUCAUCAGUUUAUUAAGCAGAUUGAGGGGUAGGAUAAAUGCUGAGCUGUUAUUUCAAAUGAUACUGCAUUUAUCACAAAAUAAUAGUCUUAAUUUGUUAUAAUUUUCAAACUUAAAUUACUACAGUUUCAAAUUUUUGAUACAGAGGAGAGUUACUUUGAAUGACAGACUUAUUUAUGGAAUUGAUGAGGUUUUAACAAAAUAAUAUGAUUGUACUACUUUGAAAACAACAGAGGUAAUGUGGUCACAGAGAUAUAAAUCUUAAUGUGAUACAGAGAUUAUUUUAUACAUGUAAAUAUAUUUUGGUUUAUAUGCUUAUCAGGCCUCGACAUUAGCGGUGGUCCGUUGGUCCGAGACCACUUGAUUUUGGCAAGGAUCACCUAAUUUUAAAACCUACUGGUCCGUCCACUGGUCCUUUGGACCACUUUAAUUUUCUGGUUGAUGCAAGGCUCAUUUUGGAGAAUGGCGAUUUGGUCAAAAACAUGUUAUAUAAUUUUGUUUAAAAUCUAUGUCCGAUGUACAUGUAUAUGGUUCAUUAAUCUCUGAUUAGUUAACUAAGUUCUUAAGUCAUCAAUAACUUUCAUUGUAAGUUGCUAAAAUUUUGUUUAUGCAAGUUAAAAGAGUUCAGAAUUUGUGAUAUAAAUUUAGAUACAAAAUUCAUUCAAAUGGUGCUAGUAAUUAUGCAUUGUCUGAUAACCACGGCGGAACCAUUAAAAUUGAUGUUAUGUUACAUGUUAAUCAACCGUGAGUAUCCGAUGAUUGUAAUUAUAUGAUAUUGGAUAAACAUAAAUUUCAGAUACUUGAAUAACGGCAACAAACAAAAGGAACUUGAAAAAAUACAUCUAGUAAUUCUAUGCUAUUUAUCUUUACUUUACCUGUUUAAUGAUAAGAGAUCUGAUUCUUCUAGAGUUAAAAUUAUUUUAAAAGGUUAAAAAUACCCAUUGUCAAAAAUGAAUAUCAACCAACAAGCAACAGGGAGGUAAAGUUCUUAUUAUAAAUCUGUGAGAAGAAUAAGAUACUAAGUUAUAGUAAAUAAUAAUGUCAUUAUUUCAAUAAUUAGAUAUUUCCUCGUUUUCAAAGACAAGAAUAAGAUAAUUUAUUAGUUCCAUUAAAAAUGUUAAUCUAUAAAAUAUGCUAUGUUAUUAUCAUGAUUAUAAGACAUACCACGUAUCAGCAAUGAAUAACAAUUUGAAUAACAGUAAGAAAAUAACAGACACAAAGGGCUUCACUAUUCCCUAACUUGAGUUGAGGGAGAAAUCACUUUAAUAUAAAAGUUAACAUAAAUAAGAGCUCUGUUGUGUAUUUUUGACUGAGAUAAAAACAAAUAUCUCUACGAUAAAAUACCUACUGACUUGCUCUCCCUUUUCUGAUUAUAUGAAAAAUAUAUAUCUAAAAAUAUCUGUUUUUUUUAAAGGUUAAUAAUACAUCUUUGUCAUGAAGUUUAAACAUUUUUUCUACAUUUGAAGUAAAAUGAUAUAAUAAUGAUAAUUGACCACCUGACUUCUGGAAGGACCACCUAACUUUCAAAUCUAGUGGUCCGGCGUACCACCUGCUAAAAAAGUUAGUGUCGAGGCCUGCUUAUAGUAAGGAUAUGCAAUGGGAUUGUUGUUCUAUGGCUAUGGCUUGCAUUCAAUCACAAUACUGAAUGAAAAGUUAACAUUUUAAAAGAGCUGGUGAAAAAAAUAACAAGAAACUUUUAUUGAAUUUGACUUGAAGUCUUUUGACUUUUGAAGUCUUAAUAGCUUAUAUAAUAACUUAGAUUUUGAUUAAUUUCACAUAAUAUGUCGGUAUAUUUCUUGUAAAAUUAUAGUAGUUUUCCAUAUAUUUUCAAAAUAUAUUUCAAAAACAUUCAUAUUUAACAUGUAACAAGGAAUAUUUCACCUUUUUGUGUCAAAUCAUCUUAAAUCCAAACCAAAUAGGUAAUUAUUUUUUUUAGAUUUAUGCAAUGAAUUUUACCCUUUGUUUCUUACCCCUUCCACUCUAAUGGCAUCUGGGUUCGAUUUUGUUUGUUUGUUGUUGUUGGUGUUUUUUAGGGGGGAUUUUUAUCAGAACAAUGGUAUUUAAACUAAUUUAAACUAAAUUUCAUUAAUUUUCUUCAUGUAAAUGUGUAUGUUAUUUAGAUUUAGAUCCUAGCUUAAAACUAAAUAAAUCAUAUAAACCCCACCCUUCAAAACAAUGUUUCUUGUGCGCAGUGAAAGCAUUUGUUAAGGUCUUGCCUACAGUGAUGAAUUCCUUGUAUGGAAAACUGUUUGCCAGUUACAAUGUCAGAUUGUUUUGUUAUUCUGCAAGUUGUUUUGUAAAGGAAAUAUUCCUUGAUAAUGGUGCAAUUGUCAAUUAUUUAAAAAGAGUUGAAUAAAUGUGAUAAUCUGAU